AUGAGUCAUAUAAAAUUCAUACAGUUUUAUAUGUCUACACCUCGUUUGAAUCUUUUAUCAUCAUCAAAAGAAUUUAAAUGUUCCGUCUGCAAUCAAGGUUUUGAACAAAAAGCAAAAUUAAAAGAUCACAUGCGUAUACAUAAACCAAAAAAUCGAUGUUGUGACAUAUGUGGAAGUAAGUUUAAAACCAAUUAUGAAUUAAGCAACCAUCAACGAAGCCAUAAUUCACAAAAAAACAUCCAAUGUACACUUUGCGAAGCAAAAUUUUCAUCGGAGAUUGGCAAGAAACAACAUAUAACAAGGGCUCAUCUUAAAACGUAUCCCUUUAAAUGCGAUCAAUGCGAUAAGGGUUAUUUAUUCGAAUCUGUUUUGAACAACCAUAAAAAAUCGGUUCAUUUAGGAAUGGUGCAUAAGUGUGAUAAAUGCAAUAAAAAUUAUAAAUGCGGGUUUGCGUUUAAACAGCAUUUAAAAUCGCACGAAGUGGGGUACAAAAAACCGGAAUACUCCUGUUCGAUAUGUUCAAAAUUGUUGUCUUCAAAGAGAAGUUUAGAAUCACAUCUUCGUACUCACGAAGAUUCAACAAGAUAUGUGUGCAAGUUUUGUGGGAAAACAUUAGGUUCUCGACAUUAUUUACAAAUCCAUGAACGCGCACACAAAGGAGAGAAACCUUUUGUAUGUCAAUAUUGCCCUAAAACUUUCGUGUCAAAUUAUUUGCUUAAAAUGCACGAACGCAUUCACACCAAAGAAAGGCCGUAUGUUUGUAAAAUAUGUAAUAAAGCAUUUAAUCGACAUGCGUCGCUUACAAUUCAUACUAGAAUUCAUACAGGUGAACGACCGUUUGGUUGUCAUCUUUGUGAUCAACGAUUUUCUUCAAGAACUAAUUUAAAGGUGCAUCUAAAAAAGAAAUCAAUGAAAAUUGGUAAAAGGUGUAUACUUACACGAAAAAGAAAGGAUAAUAAUAAUACUUCACACGAUGAUGCAACAAUUCGAUUAAACGAGCUUAUCAUAAAAGAUGAGCCAUACGAUGUAAAUUCCGAUGGAGAAAUUAACCAAGUUGAAAACACCAAGAAAGAAAGUGAAGAGAAAACAUCGGAAGCGAUACUUUGCGAAGUUUGUGAUCAAACAUUUACCAACAAUAUCGAAUUCUGCUUACACACGAUUACUCAUAGUGAAGAUGGUAAAUAUCAUUGUUAUCUAUGUAAUUAUAGAAGUGCUUCGAAAUAUAGUAUCGAAUCACAUAUCAGAACUCACGAUGGCACUGCUAAGUAUAAAUGUGAAAUAUGUAAUAAAGGUUUUGGAAUAAGGACACAUGCUUCACAACAUAAAUAUUUUCAUAGUGGAGAAAAACCGUUUCAAUGUGAAAUAUGCGGAAAACAUUUUAUGUUUUCCUGGUUCUUAGCAUCUCAUCGAAGAUCUCAACAUUGGGAAAUACUAACUGGAAAGCCAUUAGUCAAGUACGAUUGUCGAAUUUGUAAAAAACAUUAUACAUCAUCAACUGGAUUAAAACGCCACCAAGCUAGCAUUCAUAAUAUGGGGAAACGUGAAGCAUCCCGCUUGUGCGAUAUUUGCGGUAAAAGUUUGUCUAGUAAAGAAAAAUUGAAAUUUCAUAGAAGAAUUCAUACCGGAUACAAACCAUACGCUUGUACGGUGUGUUCAAAAGCAUUUACAAAAAAAGAACAAUUAAAAGAACACGAAAGAGUGCACACCGGUGAAAAACCGUAUAUUUGCAACUUUUGCGGAAAAGGAUUUAGUCAAAGAAGUCCUUUAAGAAUACACGAACGUAUACAUACCGGUGAACGUCCAUAUAGUUGCAAAAUAUGUUUUAGGGGAUUUGUUUCUAAAGGAGUCAUGGACAUACACAUGAAAUCUUGUCAAGGACAGACUCGACAAAGUUCUCGCAACACAAAUAAAAUAUAAAUUAUCUCUAAUUUUUUUCUUAUGUUAUUCAUAUAUUAGUAUAU